AUGUUAGUUGGGAUUUGGGACAAAAUAGAUUUGGCAUGUGUACCAAAACAAGAUAUUGAUGAAUGUGCUGCAAAGAUGCAUUAUUGUCAUGCCAACACAGUAUGUGUUAACCUGCCUGGAUCAUAUCGUUGUGACUGUGUCCCAGGGUAUAUUCGCAUUGAUGAUUUCUCAUGUACAGAGCGUGAUGAAUGUGACAGCGGACAGCACAACUGUGAUGAGAACGCAAUCUGCACUAACACAGUCAGGGGACAUAGCUGCACCUGCAAACCUGGAUAUGUGGGAAAUGGGACCAUCUGCCGAGCUUUUUGUGAAGAAGGAUGCAGAUAUGGCGGAACAUGUAUAGCUCCUAAUAAGUGUGCCUGUCCUUCUGGAUUCACCGGAAGUAAUUGUGAGAAAGAUAUUGAUGAGUGUGCUGAGGGGAUCAUUGAAUGUCACAACCAUUCACGCUGUGUUAACCUCCCCGGGUGGUACCACUGUGAGUGCAGAAGCGGUUUCCAUGACAAUGGAACCUAUUCCCUUUCUGGGGAGUCCUGUGUUGAUAUCGAUGAAUGUGCCUUAAGAACUCACACCUGUUGGAAUGACUCAGUCUGUGUGAACCUACCAGGAGGAUUUGAUUGCCUCUGUCCCUCUGGACCAUCUUGUACUGGUGAUUGCCCACAUGAAGGAGGCUUGAAGCGGAAUGGCCAGGUAUGGACACUGAAGAAAGACAGAUGCUCUGUUUGCUCCUGUAAGGAUGGCAAGAUAUUUUGUCGACGGACAACUUGUGAUUGUCAGAAUCCCAGUGUCGAUUUUUUCUGUUGCCCAGAAUGUGAUACCAGAGUAACCAGUCAGUGUUUAGACCAGAAUGGCCACAAACUGUAUCGAAGUGGUGACAACUGGACAUACAGCUGUCAACAGUGCCGUUGUCUGGAAGGUGAAGUGGAUUGUUGGCCACUUGCAUGCCCAACCCUGAACUGUGACUACACUGCAGUAUCAGAAGGAGAAUGUUGCCCUCGUUGUGUUAGUGACCCCUGUUUGGCUGAUAAUGUUACCUAUGAUAUCAGAAAAACAUGCCUAGAUAGCAGCGGGACAACACGACUCAGUGGCUCUGUAUGGACAAUGAUUGGCUCUCCUUGUACAACCUGCAAAUGCAAGAAUGGAAAUGUCUGUUGCUCGGUGAAUUUAGAGUGUCUUCAGAAUAACUGAAGUAUAAAGCUGGGACUCUUCUUUUUGUGAGAAAAACUGAUGCAAUUUCCCACUUUCAAAACAAAUGCAGUUGUAAGAGACGGGAGAUUUACACAACAGACAAUUACCAAAGUCUCUCAGCCUGAGGAAGAAGACAUUUGGGAGUUGCCUUUGGGACCUACCACUACACACUCAUCCUUGCUAGGCUUCUCUCGGGUAACUUUUACAGUACAGUGCAUAUAAAUCAAUGGUUGUUAAAAGUUUUAAGUGUUGUAAAUUACGCCCUUUUUAUGUCAUAUCAUUUGCAACUGCGUUGAAAUUAUUCCAUCUCCAAAACACGAUGUAUUUAUUUGUUUGCUUUGUGUAAAAACAUCAUGAUGGAAACUCCUGUUUUACUUUUGGUUAGAUCAAGGUUCGACAAAAUAAGACUGCCUGUUGUGGUUCAUACUAUUGCCUAUUUAGUUCUGAGGUCCCUGUCAGAUGUAUUUAUGAAAAUAUGUAUGUAUGUACAGCCAAACUGCAUAGUACUUAUAUUUCAUAGCUGUCAAACAUUGUAAAACAUUCCAAGGUAUAUUUGACUUGUACAGGCUGGAAGUAAUCAAGUCUCAGCCAAUCUUUAUUGCGGUGGGGAGGGGGGAAUAAAAUGGAAUAAUGUCACAAGUUUAAUGAAGUGGCAAAAAGCACUUUUCUUUUGCAGACAAAUAAGCUAACAGCAAAAUUCCUGUGUGGAGAGAGAGAGAAAGAAUGACACUGUUUUCAUCAGCACCACUCCAGAACAUACACGGGAAACCGUGCCACCUGUCAACAUUAGGCGUAGCAAUGUGUUGUCGUUUGCAAGUCAAAUGACAAAUACAGGAUGUGGGUGUAAUUCAGUCACAGUUGUGUAGCAGUCAAUAAAACAAAGGGCUUUACACUUAUUGACUGUAAGCAAAUGGGGAAGAUUUUGAUAUCAGUUACACUAGUAUACACGAGUUUCUAAUCUCUCCCCCGUGUUGUUGCUUUAGCAUAAUAAAGUCUGCCAUCCUCCAUUACAUAUGCCAUCAUGACUAAAUUUGUUUCUGUUUGUAUCAUGUUAGCGUUUACAGGGAAUGGUGUAAAUGUCACUGCAUUUGACUGUAAUUUCAGCAUAUCUCAUACUCGACAGUGACCUAAUCUUGAAAGAAGGAUGGUACACACUAUGUUCCAGGUUGUAUUAAAUGGAGUAAAUUCACCAAACAAUCUUGUCUACAUUUUUCUUCCAUUCCUACAUUUUUUUUUUUUAAAAUUGAAUUUAUUAAGUUAUCUAACUAUAAAAUUCUGUUUGAAAUCCCAAAUUUAGCCAGAAAUUAUAAUUAAAACUUCAAAAUGUGCACAAAAGAGUAAGUUUGAAGAACAGGUAGCUGUUUUGAUAUUGCAAGGCUUGGAUACUGAAAGUACUAGACAAAAAUUGGUCUCAGCCUGGCUGAAUUGUAUUCAUUCCUGUGUAUCUGAAUUCUGUGAGUAGUUCAUGCAAUAGCAUGGCCUGUACUAUGAAGUGGAGAAAUUAGGAAGAUGGCACACACCCCCAUCCAUUCAGACUGCCCAGUUGCAUGCCGGGUUAACCUUGAACUCAGACCCAGAAAUGCAUCAGCAGGGUGUAUUUAUCUAUCUGCUAAACAAGUAUUGCUUUUUGGGUGAUAUGAAUUGUACGUUUUGCUGCAAUUAUGGAUUGGGGUGGAGGUCACUGUGGUUUUAACCUGUUUGUUGUAUUCAUUUUACUUUGAUAUGUGAUAUCCUUCUAUAAUUUUUACCACAUUUAUUUAAUUGAGCUUAAUGUGCAUUCAAAAUUAGAUUCUGCAGACAAGUUUAAGUUGUAAACAUUGUAACUGGGAAACUCCUAGUUUUAGCUAAGAAAUGGCAGACUUAAAGUGGAUGAAUGGAAGGCAUCCUUCUGCACUCAAAUAUGCAUUGAUCAUUCUAUUAUAAGAAUAUUAUUCAACGAAAUGAAAAGUCUGUGGUCACACAGAUUUUUUUUCCUAGAGAUUUCUUUGAUUUUUUUUUCUGUAAAUGAUAUGACCAGGAUCCAAUGUAAUAAGUCCAAUAAUUCAGUAUUUUUGGUACACAUGCAGGAGUUCUAGUGUGUAGAUGAAGCUUCAUACAAGUAGACACUGCUUUGUUUUCCCCAAUGGCAGAGAACUCCCCUGAGUGUGUGUUUGCAAGAUUCCUGUACUCUGAAGAAAGCAAAGGUUGCCCUAUUUUGUAUGACUCCAUGUCAACAAAAUUUCCUUUUUUUCUUUGUCUCUGUUUUAGCAACCCUUAUAUUUACAUUGUUUUUAACAAUGGUGUUAUAAUGUGUUUUUAAUAGAAUCCUUGCAAAGGCCAUUUGUGAACAGCAUCACUAAUCCAUUUUGUAAGACAUGUUGUAAACCCAAUGGUAAUUCAACUGGCGCAAAUGAUACAGUGGUUUGGGAUGUAAAGGGGAGUGAUUUAAAACUUGUGUCAUCAAAAUAAACUCCUGUGUACAGA